CACAGGUGAGGGCCAGCCGGUCUUCAGGCAGUUGGAGCGAUGGUGAAGAUGAGGCUGCAGACCUUCCUCCUGCUGACGGUGGUGAGCUUCAUCGCCGCCAAGCCGGUGCAGAACAGAGCAGAGAAGAAGACCAAGCUGCUUCUGGUGUCCUUUGAUGGCUUCAGGUGGGACUACGACCAGGAUGUGGACACGCCACACCUGGACCAGAUGGCCCUGGACGGAGUCAAGGCCAAAUACAUCACCCCCCCGAUGCUGACCAUGACGGCCCCGUCCCACUUUACCACCAUUACAGGUCGAUGGGUAGAAGACCAUGAAGUGGUCCACAACAUGAUGUUCAACACCACCACCAACCUGAAGGUUCCCUACAAGAAGACGCUGACCAGGUCCGAGUGGUGGGACAACGGCGUGCUGCCGCUGUGGAUCACGGCUCAGAACCAGGGCUUGAAGACCGCUUCCUUUUUCUUCCCGGGAGGCGGCGCCACCUACAGGGGUCAACAGGUCAACAGAGUGGUGGUGGAGCCGGCCGGCCACCCCGACGCCAACGAGACGGAGUGGCAGCAGAACAUCGACACGGUGAUGCGCUGGUUCUCCGAGGAGGACUUUGACCUGGUGACGCUGUACUACGGCGAGCCGGACAACGUGGGCCACGCCAAGGGCCCGGACCACCCGGACAGGAAGACCGUCAUCCGGCAGAUCGACCGCACCGUCGGCUACCUGCGGCACGCCGUCGCCCGCCACGGGCUGGACGACCGCCUGGACGUCAUCAUCACCUCAGACCACGGCAUGACCACGGUGAAGAAGCGGCCGCUGGUGGACGAGAUCGUCCUCAACAAGUACCUGGACCUGCUCAAGCUCGCCAGCUUCGAGAUCCUCGACUACGGCGGCUUCGGCAUCCUGACGCCGCGGCCGGGGAAGGACCAGGAGGUCUACGACGCCCUGAGCAACGCUCCCAACCUGACGGUCUACAGGAAGCACCAGAUGCCCGAGAGCUUCCGUCUGGGCCGCAGCGAGCGGCUGCCGCCCAUCGUGGUCGUGGCGGACCUGGGAUUCAACCUGAACUCGAGAUUCAUCGUCUACGUGAACAAAGGCGACCACGGCUUCCAUAACGGCCACAUGGACAUGAAGACCAUCUUCAGAGCCUUCGGACCGAGCUUCAAGCAGAACUUUGUGUCCGAGCCCUUCGACAGCAUCCACAUCUACCCGCUGAUGUGCCGACUGCUGCGGAUCGAGCCGGCGCCGCACAACGGGUCGCUGCAGUUCACCCAGGCCAUGCUGCGCUCCGGAGGUGAGUCCGGCUCCGGGUUCUGGACGGGUUCUGGAGCCUCAGGGCCUCGCUCAGACCCAGCUGUGGGUCCAUCAGAAUCAUUUGCUGAAACCGCUGCUGGUUCUGGUCAGUUCCCCUGACCAGAACCAGCAGCAGAACCACUGAUGAAGCUGUUUGUCUGCAGGAGAACCACAGAGGGCCCGGCUGGCCGUCGUCCUGCUGCUGUCGGCGCUGUUCUCCGCCGCGCUGUGACCGAUCCCGGAUCAGAACCGGAUCGCUCCUUAAAACUGUCCACCUCCACAUCCAGCUGGAUCCAUAAGUUCUGGUACCUCGCUGCACCAAGGUUCUGUCGUCUGCAUAAAGCUCAGCAGCUGCAUUUGGACCGGUUCCGACCCGCAGACUCCUCUGGACCCGCAUGGAAGACGACCAGAAGGAUCCGAUUUAAUCAGAACCACAGCGUGGAGCAACAGCUGAGCCGAACUCAGCAAAUACUUCCAAUUUUAAUUUAAUCCUCAAUAAGGAAAUUCUAAAUAAUAAAAUAUAAAACUUAAACAAGAAGAAAAUAAAUAUUUAAACCAUUUAAAGUUUCUGGUAUUUAUAGUGUUUUUGUAGAGAAGAUGCUCUAAAAUCUGAAUAUUCUGAUUCCCUCUUCAGGUUUUUAUUUCCUUCUCAUCAAUUUAUUCGUCGUCUCUGAUUGGUCGAAUAAAUGAAGAAAGAUUAAAAAUGAAACCUGGAGACGUGUGAGCUCUACUUCUUCUAGUUCUAUGCUUGUUCUGACCCAGUCCAUCAGCCUGGUCCACAUGUUCUGGUUCUGCUCAGGCAGGGAUUGCUUUGAGUUUUCUUCAUCAUCAUCAUCAUCAUCAUUAUUAUCAUUAUCAUCAUUAUU